UUGACGUUUGGCAUAAAAGAACUAGACUGGUCUUGUGAUCCGAAGCGGAAGGUGACGCUUGUAGUGAGUCUCAGCGCUGGUUUUAUUUAUUGUUUCUGCUUUGUAGUGAUUUCUCACCUGUGCAAUGGAUUUCCGUGUUGUGUGGAGCUGCUUUCUCCCCCUGCUGCUGGGGCUGUCCCAGGCAGAGCAGGUGAAGUUUGCUGACUGUGGCUCAACUGUUGGAACUGUGGCUAAGGUUGAUGUUACUCCUUGCCCACAACAGCCAUGCCAGCUUCAUAAGGGACAGUCCUAUGCAGUAAAUGUGACCUUCACAAGUGCAACUGACAGUCAGACAAGCAAAGCUGUGGUCCAUGGUGUGGUCAGUGGUAUCCCGAUCCCAUUUCCAAUACCUAAUGACGACGGCUGCAAAUCUGGAAUCCAGUGUCCUAUUCAGAAGCAAAAAACCUACAGCUAUGUCAACCAGCUUCCUGUUAAAGCAGAGUACCCUUCUAUAAAACUGGUUGUGGAGUGGGAACUUGCAGACGACGCCAGUAAAGAUUUGUUUUGUAUCAAGUUUCCAGUCCAGAUUGUCAGCUAAAGGUCAACACCAACUCCAGUUAAGGAAAACUUCGAAAGGGAUUUGUAGGUUUUAAUUUUUUAAAAGUCUUUAAUUUUCUAUUAAAGAACUCAGAUUUUAAACUUUCAGGAUUUUUAAAAUUAACCCACUGAAUGUUCUAAGUGAUCAGUACAAAAGAUUAACAGUUAAGUGUUUUCUCCCAUGGUUUCCUGGCUGCUGUGUGGCUAUGUUGUGGUAAUACAAAUCUUUGGUCCUAAAGUGCAAUUAAUGAAGCUAUCAUAAUGCCAAUGUUUCAAGUGUAUAGCUGUCUGGAUUUUUUUUUUUUUUUUAAACCAAGCAAUUAUUUGGCCAAAAUUGUACCACGACUGUGGGGGUACAUGUCUACCCUGCAAUGUGUAACUUUUGUCUUCCAUCACUGAGUAAUUUUGUACAGGUGCUUCAUAGUGAAACCUUCAGCUAAUUGA